UCCAAGAAACAUGGUGGGAAAUUGUAGACAACAUGCGGGACUCAAAUUCCCCUUCGAUGUAAAACCAGACUCUCCCGAAAUAAGCUACUUUGUCUAGAACGGUAGUUAUUUAGCUGUCUCACCGACACAAGCUUACGUCGCGGCUAACGUAGCACCGGCUCCUUUGUUUACUUGUAGUUUCAGCUCAGCAGAUAGAAUCUCUUCUCUGAGCAUCAGCAUAAGCAACACGAAGUAGCUGUGUCAGCUGAGGCUUGACAAUGGAUGACUUGGAAAGAGAGCUAGGGUGUCUUGAAGAGCCAAUUGAUGAUGAUAACUUCUCAGAAGACAACUCCUCAAAAGGAGGAAAGAAAUCAAAGCUUCCAAUAACUUAUCCUAUGAUUUCUGAGACACCUUUUGAAACUGGUUUUCAUCAGACUACCAGAAUGUGUCUGGAGCGGAUCAGAGAAGCGCUGCUGCAUCAUAGAUGGCAAGAGGCAGCUGAGUAUAUGGCAUGUUACCCUCAGAUGUUGGAAGAUCCAACCCAUAACUUAAAUCAUCCGUACAAGGAGGUUGUUUGGAGAAUCAGCACUGAGAUCCUUCAUCAUCACCCAAACUCAAAGAUGGAAGACUACAACCAUGUCUAUGAACUAAUGAAGAACUUUGUAGUUAGAAAUCAUCUUUCGGUCUGUCUAGAACAUUCCUUUCAUCUGCUGCUGAACGGUUACAUCGAGGAGGCAAAGCAUCAGCUGUCUGUUGCUGAAAGUUGGAGGCAUGGGAAAGAGUCGGCCUCUCAGAUUCAGAGGACUAAACUGAUCCAGGCCUACAGGAGUUUACUGGAUUACAUCAUCUGGUGUGACAAAAAGAAUCAACAUUCAAACAGUGAUAAUACUGACUCCAGUGACAACCAAGACAUGCACAACUACUUCAGACAGGCCUCAGUGAACCUAAGGGAGAUCAUGAGAAAUCCUGGAGUGUGGGAUCCCUUCAUACUGAGUUAUAUUGAGAUGUUGGAGUUCUAUGAGGACCAUGAAGGAGCUUUAAAAGUCCUGAAUGACUACGCUUAUGACAGCAAUUUCCCCCCCAAUCCCAAUGCACAUGUCUAUCUGUACCAGUACUUAAAGCGGCAUGAUUAUCCAGACAAGAAACUGAUGAAAGUUUUAAAGACUCUUCAUGUAUUGGUCCCAAGUCAUGAGCUUAUGUUUGAGUACAGCUCUCUCCUGCUUCAGUCAGAAAAAACUGAUAAAAUCCCGAAAGCUCUAGGUGUCAUUCUAGAAAUGCUGGACUUUGCCUGCUGGAGAAGCAACUUAGAUGUGUGGAAGCAUCUAAAAUUCAUAAUUCAACAACUUAAGCAACAAGAAGGCUGGAAGAAUGUUAUCUCUGAACAAAUGUCUGCAAGAAGAGACUGGUGGCCUGCUCUGCACUUCACAGCCUUCCACGCCAGCCAUGACUCUGUGGAGAAUCCAGGGCUCAUGGAAGUGAAGGCAUCACUGGCAAAGAUCCUCUGUCCUGACCUGAAAUUGAAGUACACAGCUGGACUAUGUGGAAAGAAGACAUAAGAAAAGGACUGAGUAUCAGAGUGUGUGUUUACAAUGCAGAGGACUGAUAUGUUUGUGGAAAGUAACUGAAAAACAGCUGAUGCCUGCUCAUGAAGAAUUAAUGUCAUACUCAGAGUGUUAAAAUAUGUGCUAAAAAUCCAUGUAGACACAUUUAGGUGAUCCUGAGUUAACAGCAGACUCUCAGAUACAUAUUUUUAGCUGAUCUUCCCAGUAUUUUGCUUCAUUGUGCUUCAUUACCAAAGCACACGCUGCUUAGUCCACCAUGUGGAGCUCUUGUUCUGUGUUUUUGCUGUGAGUGGCCGUAGGGUAAGGCUGACUGAUUUUGACAGUGCUGCUCUGAAUGUUAGCUUUCACGAUGGUUUCAUGGUUUCUGUAAACAUUUUAAUGGGAGCAGCUGACCUCAAACCACUGUAUGGAGGGAUUUUAAGGUGUAGUGUACACAACACAAAGCCUGAGGGAUUUUCUCCAUUGUUGCCUCAGAAAUAUCAACACAGACCUUUCAGCGACAGGAUCUGUUGAAGUUGAAGUCACUGGGACAGACCAUGGUCAAGUGGUUGCUGCUAAUAUUGAAAUAUUCAGUUUCUCCAGGUUUUUUUUUUCCUUUAAAUGUUUGAGUCAUUAUGAUAGUUUUGAAUGAAUGUAGAAUACAUAGAGCAUACAUUCCAAGGUGCCUUUUUGUAAAAAUGUUCAACAUUUUGUCACAAUCUGAUAAUCUCCCAUUCAUAUUUUUGCACUAAACAUGUUUCUUAUGAAAUGA